AUGGAGUACAUCCAGCGACUGGCGAUCAGAGAAGAUCUUGAGGCAAUCAAGAUAUGCCUUGAAGCCAACUACUACGCAACUUGUUGCUUCGCUGCGGCAAUGCAAUACGUCGAACUCGGACUUUCAAUUUCGUUUCCUUUCCACUCUCUACGGAUCAAAUUUGAACCUUCUGAGGACUCAAUGAUGAUCGACUCGCAAACUUGCCGGUCUCUUGAGCUGAUACAGAACCUACAGAAUCCAAAUUCGAAGGCGUGCCUCUUUGGGCUCCUCAACCAGACUUUGACCCCAAUGGGUGCAAGGCGACUACGCGUCAACAUAAUGCAGCCUUCUACGAACAAGGAGCUUCUGGUAAGGCGUUAUGAAGCCUUAGCAGAGUUGACCUCCAAAGAAGAUAUUUUCUUUGCAGUACGACAAUCACUCAAGUCUUUCGUAGAUGUUGACAAGGUUUUGACCGCAAUGUCAUACGCCUUAAUCUACCAGGUCAAUACGAUCCCAAAGAAUCCAACAGUCGAGUAUUUUGAGCAGCAGAUUAACGAUGUUAUAAUGCUAAAGCAAUUCGUCAAAUCCAUACCAUUGAUUCGCGAAGCAAUCGGUACAGUAGAGAGUGAUUUGCUGAAAUCGAUACUGGAUUUGUUCUCCCCACACGCAAUUGCAGACGUAGAAGCUUUGAUUGACAACACUAUUAAUGAAGACAUCACCUAUCAGAGUCAACCCCUCGACCUCCGCAAUCAGCGAACAUAUGCCGUCAAGUCUGGGGUCAACGGUUUCCUCGAUGUGGCACGACAGACAUACAAAGAAAAUACUGAGGAUGCGCUCAAACUUGUUGACGAUCUUGCAGCGAGCCACUCUCUUCCCCUUGAGGUCAAGUACGAUACGGGUAGAGCUUUUUACGUUCGCAUUCCAGUGCAUUCGUUGGAAGACCGUACACUCCCAGAGAUCUUCAUCAAUGUUUACCGCAGAAACAAGAUGGUUGAAUGUCAGACUCUUGACCUCGUUAAGUGGAAUCAGAAGAUCACUGACUCGCACAUGGAAGUGGUACAGCUGUCUGAUGGAAGCGUACGACGUCUAAUCGACAGUGUACGCGAAGAAAUAUCGCCAUUGUUCAAGAUCAGCGAAGCAAUUGCUCUGUUAGAUAUGCUGGCCUCGUUCGCCCACAUGGUCACUACUCAGGACUACGUCCGACCAGAGUUGACCAGCGCUCUAGCGAUAAACCACGGGAGGCAUCCUAUUAUCGAGAAGAUACGUUCCGAGAAGUUUAUUCCUAAUGGCGCCUUCGCCGACCAGCGUUCGCGUUUCCAGAUCAUCACCGGAUGUAAUAUGAGUGGAAAAAGCACAUACAUCCGCUCACUGGCUCUCUUGACAAUCAUGGCACAGCUUGGCUGCUUUGUACCAGCAUCUUUUGCGACAUUCCCUGUCAGCCAUCAACUCUUUGCUCGAGUGUCAAUCGAUGAUAGUACCCAAGCCAACGUCUCUUCAUUCUCCCUUGAAAUGCGAGAGACGGCAUUCAUCCUCCGCAACAUCGACCAGCGAAGUAUGGUCAUCAUCGACGAACUCGGACGCGGCACAAGCACACGUGACGGUCUCUGCAUCGCCAUCGCUGUUGCAGAAGCGCUUGUCGAAAGUCACGCCUUAGUCUGGUUCGUCACCCAUUUCCGCGACCUCCCCAAAAUUCUCGCAGAGCGCUCCGGCGUUGUAAACUUGCAUCUUGAGGUCAACCUCCAACCGGAACACGACAAGAUGACAAUGCUUUACCGCGUCGCCAACGGCUGGGUAGAAGACGAAAACUAUGGCAUCGCCCUCGCCAAAGUCGUCAAUCUUCCACAAGGUAUCAUCAGUAAAGCGGAAGAAGUGUCAAAAAAGUUGAAGGAGAUCACGGAGAGGAAGAAGAAAAGCUCGAAGACUAUUGCAAUUCAGCGAAGGCGGAAAUUGAUUCUCAGUCUUUACCAACAGCUCCAGCAUGCGAAGGAGGGGAAUAUGGAGGGAAGGGUGUUAGCGACGUGGUUGAAGAAUCUGCAGGAUGAAUUCGUGAGGCGCAUGGCUGCUAUUGAUGAGGAUAUUGCGGCAGCCGGAACCGCACAGUCAUCAGUCGGGGCGAAUGAAGACGCUGAGAUGACGGAUGUCGAACAAGAGGAAGAGGAUGAAGGACCAACGACGCCAAAUCUCUUGCUGCAGCAACGUUCCGCUGAAGUGAGGACCGCUUUCAGCCAAGGAAGCCCGACGGAGCUGUCGAGCGUGUUUAGGUCAGAGAAAAAUAUGACUGAUGGCUCAUGA